CAAAACAUUUCUUUUGCUCAGAUAUGAACCUCUCAAAGGGACUCUCCUGUUAAAAAAAAGGAAAUAGAAAUCAGAAUCUGACUGGUGACGCAGGAUUCCCUCCUUCUUUGGAACAUUAUAUAACCCUUCUGACCCUCGACAGAGAGAGAAUGUUUUAUUUUAGGCGUUGGAGACUCCUUGAACACAUGUUCAAAGAAAAGGUGUGUGCAAUCUGCAAUAAUAUAUAAUUUUAUUUUAGUUAUAGAGGGGAAGAGAGGGUUUUAAUUUAAGCUGCAAACAACUUACUAAUGAGAAAAAACAAAAAAAACAUGAAUAUUUUAAAUUAGUCAGUCUAUGAUACUUUUGUCUUGGUUUAUUUUAUUUUUUAAAAGUGCUUAAGUGAACUUGUUUUCACUAUUUUUUGUCAAACUGAACCUUUAUUUUUGCUUUGCAGAUAUUUUGACCUGUUGAAAGACAAUGGAGGAAAACACAUCUGUUUUCGGUGACAUUUUGGAGAUCCAGGGCUUCGACAUUUCUCCAGAGUUGACAUAUCCUCUGUUUUUCCUCCUUCUGUUCGUUUACUGCUCUCUGCUUUUCUCUAACCUCGGCAUUCUGGCAGUCAUCAUCGCUGAAAAGAGCUUGCACCAGCCCAUGUACCUUCUCUUCUGCAACCUGUCGGUCAACGACCUGAUCGGCAACACAGUUCUGCUGCCGCAGUUGAUGGCUCACGUCCUCUCUACAGAGCGCUUCAUCACAUACAGCCAGUGUGUGAUUCAGGCCUUCUACAGCCACACCUUUGGAUCCGCAUCACACAUGAUCCUCGUCAUCAUGGCCAUAGACAGAUAUGUGGCCAUCUGCCACCCGCUGAGGUACAGCUCCAUAAUGACUACCAGAGCUGUGAUUGGUCUGUCGGUGGUUGCAUGGGGGGUUUCUUUGGUGCUCGUGUCUGUGCUCAUAGGUCUCACUGUGAGGCUGACCCGGUGCAGAUCGGUUCUGCAGAACGCUUAUUGUGACAACGCCUCGUUGUUCAAGCUCUCCUGUGAGAACGUGUCUGUCAACAACAUCUAUGGACUCUUUUUCACCGUGCUGCUGUUCACGUGCUCCAUGGGAGGAAUACUCCUCACCUAUGUCAGGAUAGCGGUCAUCUGUUGGAUGAGGAAAAACAAAGAGACCAACAAUAGAGCGCUCCAAACCUGUGCAAGUCACCUGGUUCUGUAUCUAAUCAUGCUGUGGUCAGGGUUUCUGACCAUCAUUCUCCACCGUUUCCCAAAAUACCCAGAUCUAAGGAAAAUUGCCUACAUUUUAUUUCAUGUUGUUCCUGGAAAUUUAAAUCCUAUUAUUUAUGGAAUGCAGACAACAUCACUGAGGGAUAAAAUUACUCAAAUACUAAGGAAAAAGUUUAUUACUUUUUAGGGUUUUACAAAUACACAAACAGCAACUUUGAAAUCUUAUUUAAAGUCCUAUUUGAUAUGUAUUAUGGAUACCACAAUUCUCAGUUUAAAACUGAAUUGUAUGUUACACCAUUAAACUGAAUCAUUGCGAAGUGAACUGUUGCACCUGUACAGCAUUUGUUGGCCUAUUUUUAUGUUGAAACACGAGUGUUGUGCUAAAAUGAAGAAUGAUUUAUAAGAAAUUGGUUUAUGACAUCACACUAGACUUAGUAUAAGACACAUUAAAGGUUUUUGCCAUUAUAUUAGCAAAUUAUUCAUUUUAUUUUUUUUUAUUUUUGGUUUUUAUUGUUGUUUUGCGAUACACAAAUCAUAUGUCAAACUGACACAAAACCGUGACUCAAAAAUCAAGGUUUGAACUGAAUUAUGGGAAAAGUUAAUUGUUGUUUACUAAUUCAAAAAACAUAUUCCAGACUUUAGUUAAAUAUCUUAGUUUGGAAUAUUAUUUUUUUAAAUCCACACUAUUUCCUGGCUAUUUAUUUUGUCUUAAAUUGCAAUU